GGUCCUUGCGGCUUGCCGUCGGUGGAAGAGACGAGCGGCGCGGCGCGACGGUUGGGGACUCGGCGAAAGCCAUGGCGGCCGUUGAGGGGGAGAGCGACGCCUUCGAUGCUAUCGUCAUGGCAGAAACGAGAUUUUAUGGUGAAGGCUAUCAAGAUGGUUAUGCUGAAGGAGUCCAUGCUGGUGGUGUUGAAGGAAGACAAUAUGGAAUACAGCAGGGUGCCAGAAUUGGUUCAGAAAUAGGGUCAUACCUUGGUUUUGCACUGACGUGGCAACAGUUGCUUCAGAAAACAUCAGAUGAAAAAUGCAGUAAAAAGAUAAAAGUCCUGGAGCAGUUAAUAGAGAUGAUUCAAAACUUUCCUUUGGAAGAUCCAGUUUAUGACAAACUUCAAGAUGACUUGGAGAAAAUUAGAGGACGGUUUAAACAAAUUUGCUCAUUAUUGCACAUUCCAUCUGAUUUAAGACUUGGUUCUGAGGGAAUUUCAUUUUCAUUUUGAAAGCAACAUAAAAAGAAAAUUGCUGUUGGAUAUAAAAAAUGGUUACAUCUCACACAGAGUGAUCAUCUUUUCUUUUCUAUCCACUGAGCAGAAAACUACAAAGAUAAUAACUUGAUUUUAUUGUACUUGAAUUGUAUCACUGUAUCAUUGUUUCAGUUUGCACAUUCAAGCUCAACGGUGGCUUCAGCCUGUUGGUUAACAUACUGUUCCAAAAAUUAAUAUUACAUUAUUAGAGAAGAAAAUUGGUCUGUGGAACAUCAACUAAAUAGUGUUACUUUUUUUUUCUUCAAUUGUGUCCAAUUCUUGGAGUCAGACUGGAAAAGUCCCUGCAGUUUUCUUGGCAAUAAUUUUUCAGAAGUGAUUUGCCUUGCCUAUUUCUAAGACUGAGAAAAGUGGCUGGCUCAAGGUCAUCCAGCUGGCUUUGUGCCCAAGAUGGGACUAGAUCUAAUGAUCUUCUGGUUUUUAACCUGAAGCCUUAACCAUUAUACUAAUUUUGACUCAUUAAUAACCUAUUGCCACCGUUUAUAUUGAAAAGGUGACUGCAAGUAGUCCUCGACUUACAAUUACAAUUGGGACUGGAACUUCUGUCACUAGGAGAUGUGUUUUUUAAACGAUAAACACCUGAUUUUACAAUCUUUUUUUUGCUACAGUCAAUAAGUAAAUCAGUAGUUAAAUGAAUCCAUCUUUCCCCAUUGACUUUGCUUAUGGGAAAUUGAUUGGAAAGAUUGCAAAUGGCAAUCGUGACCUGCUGUUGUAAGUACAUGCUGGUUGCCAAGCGCUCUAAUUUGGAUCACAUGACUGGGGGGGUGCUGUAGUGGUUGUAAUAUAACUUUUUUCAGUGCUGUUGUAACUACAGACAGUCACCAAAUGAAUGGUUGUAAGAUGAGGAUUACCCAUAAAGCAUCUUAAGGAUUUUAAGCAGAUUUUGUAAACACUGAAGAGUGUCUUCCUAAAAUUGGCAUUUUAGGAAGUGAGUAAAAUACAUAUUUCACUAUAUUAGUGCAAAAACCACAAAUUUGAAACAUGUUAUCAGUAUAUCUGUAGUUUUAUAAGUGUAUCUCAGAUGGGAUGUGUGCUUUAUUUGUAAAUUAAUUUUGGAGGCUCCCAGAUAAACCGAUUUUUCUGUCAGUAGCUUUCUUUUUAGGAACAGUAGUAAUCACCAUUAUUAUUAUGCAAGUGCUAAGGUAUAUUCUGAAAAUAAAGUUUAUUUGGAAAAAACACAGAUGAGGACCAGUAGAGAUUUUUGUAGCUUGCAGAAAGUGCUUUCGGAAGCCAAUCUGGCACUCUCUUGCUGCACAUUUUGUAAAUAAUUUUAAUAGACAUUUGGCUUGUGGCCAUGUUCUAUUAUGUCCUGUUUCUCUCUUAUCAUUUUCCUACCCUUUGGCAGUUUAGAGGAAAUAAGUGGCAAACUUGCCAGUCCAAAUUCAGGCUGUCGUAUGAGUUCUUUCCUUUUAUGCCAUCAUUUGAAAUUGCACAAGGAAUAGCAUAUGUAUGUAUUUAUUCAUUUUUAAAGCAUGCAUGUCACAUCUCAGGCCCAGGUUUUCCUGGGAUGGUUUACAGCGCCUAGAGACACCAUACAAGAAUAAUAAUUAAAAUAUAAUAAUACAAUCAAUGCAGUAAUCAAGUAGUAUGAGUUCCAAUGCAGCAUAUACUUACCAAAUCCUAAAGCUAAAAGCUCUUUUGCCUGGCACUGAAAACAAAGGCAGCUGAAGAGGAGCAAGGUUAAAAUUUUGUUUUGAAGUGGCAGCAUUUUUCUUCUUGCUUUAAAGCCUAAAAAUCUAAGCCCCUAUCUUCAAUAUGCUGUAUUUGCUUUUUUAAAUAAAAAGUUUAGUGUAUUUAUCUUUGCUUAUGAACAACAUUAUAGUAACUAAAUCAUUUUGGGGGGGGGGGUUACAAGAUUUCCCAUUCCUUGCACUUCAUUGUUGUGCUGGUUGUAUUUGCUGCUUUGGGCUGAGAGAGAUCAGGAUAAAACUGAAUUGUGUUAAAAUCCUAUUACAUUCCUUCAUGCUGUACCUGUAUGAUCAGGAUUAACUUUAAAUUAUUGAGAUGUUAGAAACCACUGAUUAGGGCCACCUAGUGGGAAAAAUAAUUAUAUCAGCUUUCAAAUUUAAAAUUCCAAUGUUUUUGUUAGAAAUGGUAAACAGUUUUAACUAAAUUGGCUUUAAGAAGAAAGUUUUUGUUUUAAAAAAUGGAAGUGCAAUAACUGAGACAGUAUUUACUGAAACAGCUGAAUGCUCUUCAUUUAUAUAUUCAAUGGACAUUUUACCCAUAACUGAAGAUAUAUUAAUAAUUGUACUGUUAGUAUUAUCUGUUGUAUUGAUUGUAAGGUUGGCCAAAUUCACUGCCUAUUAUGUGUUAUAUUCUGAUAUUUGUACUAAAAUAUUACUUUCUUCAAAGUGAUUCUUACUGUAAUUCAGUCUGUUACUUAAAGUAGCCAUCUGUGAAAGUGCUCUGUUUUAACCCGUUUAUUGACAAUGUUUUUACUUCAGGGAAAAAGAAAAUUAAUUAAAACACUAAUAUGGAAGCAUAAAAGAAAAUGAAUCCUGUGAAAACCCUUAAUCAUAUAUCUGUGUAAGGAGAGUCUGGAAAAGCAGUUGAUAAUAUGGUUGAUUUGCAAUCAAAAUAUGCUUUUCAACAGUUCUUCUAAAUUAUCCAGAAACACUUUUGGAUAAUACAAGGAGGAAGCAAAAGAUAGAGUACUGUGUGCAAAUAAUUCUUUGUUCAAAUACUAUGGUGUGCAAAUAGUUCUUUGUUUAAAUACUAGGGUAAGAAAAAUUUGUGACACUAGAACAAAUGUCAUUUUGAAAUGUCAAUUUUUAGAAUAUGACUUUUUAUACAUCAACACUGUUACUAAUCAAAUUAUAACACAUAAUUGAUGUGGGUUUCCAAAGUAUGUGAUUUAGGUUUUUACAUCAAAUUACCCACUAUUAAAUACAAAAACCUAAUUAUUAUUUUUUUAAAAGAUAAAACUUUUAAAAAAAGUUUUUAAAACCCUGUUACAUUCAAUGUAAGUACCUCAUUUUGGUGGAAAGAAGAAAAAUUAGUAACAAAUCCACCUGCAAAAAUUGCUUAGGAAAGGCAUUGUUAGUUGCCUUAUAUGAACUUGAUUUAUACAACAGAGAUUAAUCUCAGUUUGAAAGGUUUCUGAAACCUAAGAUCCAUAAAUGCUUUUAUAUCUACCCCAUUGUUCUUCAUGCUACCAAAUUAAAUAUACACUAUGCCAAGUGCAUAAUGUCUUUUUCCAGGCGGCACUUUUAAGGUAAAGAUUUAAUUAUAUCAAAGACUGUGCAGGGAGUAACACAACCCAGAUCAUUAACAUGUAUAAGAAAUUACUCCCUUGUUUAAAAAUUUGCAGUGAUGUUUGACACAGACAAAAAUGACCCUUCUGCUUUGAUCCUAAGUAGUGUAUUAUUGCCUUUUGUUUUCCUAUCUACUAUGCAGUACAUUUAGUCAGAUAGCUGUUUGAAUGUAUUUGGAGGAAAUGUUUGAGUAUUUAUUGAGAUUUAGAAUAAAAUUUUUUUUUAAAACCUAAA